AAUGGAUAUCAUUGAUCGUCAUAUCCGUAAGUUGUCGUCAAGACACGGACGCGGUAUCCGUAACGUAGAAGUCUAUUCCUUUACAUAACUGGUCCCGUUUCCCCAAUAUUCGUCGCGUGCUUCUCUCUUUUCUUCCUCUCUCUUCUUCUUUCAUCUUUCUCUCUCACGAUACCCUCAUACUAUUCCCAUCAUAACUACCUUCUUGUCUCUGUCGGCUUAAACCUUCUCCCGGUCUAAGUCAAGUCAAGGCCGCUUCUCCAACUGCCCCUCCCGACGAUCAACUUCUCCUCCUUUCAUACCUAUCCUCCCCUCACAAACACAUUCACAAUGGCUACUACAAACAGCGGACAAGAAACCGAAAAGGUCAACACUAACAUUGUUACCCUCACCCGCUUCCUCACUGAGGAGCAGGCCAAGCAUCCAGAGGCCACUGGUGACUUCACUCUAUUGUGUCACGCUCUCCAGUUCUCUUUCAAGUCGAUUGCCUACUACAUUCGACGCGCUACCCUAGUCAACCUCACCGGUCUGGCUGGUUCUUCCAACAUCACCGGCGACGACCAGAAGAAGCUCGAUGUCAUCUCCAACGACCUCUUCAUUGAGGCCAUGCGCUCAUCAGGCAAGUGUGCGCUCCUCGUCUCUGAGGAGGAGGACGAGAUCAUCUACUUCAAGGAUGCUCAUGACGCUCACUACGCCGUCGCUUGCGAUCCCAUUGACGGAUCUUCCAACUUGGACGCCGGUGUCUCAGUCGGUACCAUUUUCGCUAUUCACAAGCUCCCUGAGGGCUCCAAGGGUGUCAAGGAGGAUAUCCUGAAGCCCGGUACUGAGCUGCUCGCUGCUGGUUUCACCAUGUACGGCGCCUCUGCUCAGCUUGUCAUCACCAUGCGCGGUGGAACCGUCAACGGUUUCACUCUAGACAACGGUAUCGGCGAGUUCAUUCUGUCUCACCCCGACAUGCGCCUCCCCAAGUCGCGCGCCAUCUACUCCGCCAACGAGGGUAACUCUUUGUACUGGGAGGACAAGACCAUCAACUACUUCAACUCUCUAAAGCAAGCUCAAGCCGACGGCAAGCCUUACAGCUCACGAUACAUCGGCUCCAUGGUUGCCGAUGCUUACCGAACUCUCCUCUACGGAGGUAUCUUUGCUUACCCCGCCGACAAGAAGAGCCCCAAGGGCAAGCUCCGUAUCCUGUACGAGUGCGCGCCCAUGGCUCUCAUCUUUGAGAAUGCUGGUGGUCAAGCUGUCGACAGCAAGAUGAACCGUAUGCUCGAGGUGGUGCCCGAGCACAUCCACGACAAGGCCGGUAUCUUCAUGGGUAGUUACGACGAGGUCGAGAAGGUGAAGAAGUUCCACAACUAAGGGGGGAACAAAGAGAAUGGCGCUUUGGCAUGGGAUUAUGAAAUCAGUUAAAUAUCGAAAAGCGAACCUCAUGAGUGAAUGAGCAUUUUAAUGAUGAAUUUAUCAUAUCUUCCA